AUGCUGGCAUUUACUCGCAUUUCUCUUGCGCGUAACUUGAUCUUGCUCCCACGUUCAUUCAUCCGUAUUCGGCCGGAUCUCAACUCAAACUCAUCACGCUUUCCUCACGACCGGGUAAAAGGAAAUACUUCACCUGGGACAGCUUCCCGUGCGGUCACUGCAAUACUGCAUAUGGCCGUUCGUGAUUAUUCGCAGAAUAUGUCAACUAGUGGUGGACUCUUUCACGAAGCUGCUUUGAGGGGGGAUGUGGAUGAGUUCGAGCAGCUCGUCAAAUCCGGGAUGGAUCCAAAUUCACCCAACUCGGGUGGACGUCUACCACUACACACAUUUUGCGGCGCGCCAUGGAUACAUGACGAAUUCCUACUGGACGAUCAAGUACCCAGGCCAGCGACGAACUGGUUUCUUGAACACACCAACAACAUUGAUACACCUGACCGGGAUGGCAUAACAGCACUUCACAUUGCAUCCAUGAUGUCUCAAUAUCUGGUGAAGACGCUGCUUGUGGCUGGCGCGGAUCCGACGCGCACAACUUGUGACGGCAUGAAUGCUCUUCAUCUGGCGGCACGUGCUCGACAGAGCAACAUUGUGGGCAUAUUGAUUGAUGCACUUACAACCCGACACGGAAAUCUCCAAGAGCACGAAGUCAAUGCGAAGGAUGAUACUGCGAGAACGCCAUUGCACUACGCCUGCCGCUCUGGUCGCCCUGAGACCGUCUCUUACAUGAUAGCUGCAGGCGCUGAUCCCACGUCCAUGGAUGUCAAUGGACUGACACCGCUCGAUGCAUGCCUUGAAUUCGAAGACGAGCAGACAUUAUGGGCAGACUAUCGGGAGCUCCAGUUGCCGGAUUGGUACUGGCUCGGCCGUGUUGACCUACCGUCCGACUGGGGGACCCACGCACUUGGGGGCGUUCGAAAGCAAGACGAUGAUCGACCUUGGAUUCGACCCAGCCGAGAGCUGCAGCGUGCGCUAGAUCGGCUACCUGGAGGACCUUGGCGUGAAGACACAUUUCGUAUCGCAUCAGUUCAGCAUACGGCCCGUCUCGAAGAAAUCCUUAAUGCCAUCACAAAAGCCCUCAGGGAUCAAGGCAAAGGGACACACAGGCUGUCCAAGAUCACAUUACGAAAUUCUUGUUUCGUAGGUCUCCGAGGACACCUAUCCACAAACCAUCAAAGACUAGAGAAGUCUGUUCAACGUACCCAGUCCGAUCUUGAGCAACGAUUCGGGAAAAGGCAUGAUCAGCCUGGCGAUCAUGCGCAUCUCGCUCUUGUUGAGACGCUCUUGCGAAGAAGGAAGUACGGUGUACUUGAAAAUAUCCUGCGUGAUGACGGAUCCUCUCUGCCUCUCUUAGACUCGGACGUGUACGAUAUCGCAAGACUGCUGGUCAGACACGGCUUCGCAAAACUGCUAAGAACUAUCAUCGACUCCAAGCAUGGAUCCCAGCUCCGAUCAGAACCUAGUGCGUCUCCAACAUCCGGCGACCCAUUGUUGAUUGUCGCCGUUAAGAGGCAACUCCCAAACAUGGACGUCGUGCGCUUGCUCAUAGAGAAGCUUCAGGUGGACAUCAAUUGCAGAAGCAGAACAGGCGAGGAGGCUUAUGCGGAUGUGGAUGCGCCGGGUGUUUGCUACGAUUUUGAUGUCAGGCAGCCCGGGCUGAAUACUGCACUUCAUGAGUGUGCGAAGGGAUUCAAUUGGUGGCAGGUUAAAUGCUGCUUGCCCUAUCUGUUGUCGCGUGGCGCUGACGUUAAUCUGGAAAAUGAGGCUGGUCUCGCACCGUGGCAAAUCACUCAGGCAGACUACCAGGAGACUUUCAUGGAGGAUUCAGAGAAGUUGGUGAGAUCUACGUCGCAGAAGUCUUGA